UUUUGUCGCCGUCUUUUUCGAUGGGUAUAUCUUUAGGACCAUGCGGAUUCCCGAGAACUAUUUACUGUAACACGAAAGUUUUCUGGAUUCUUUUAGUUUUUAUAUGGGAUCGGUCAAAGUUUAGUUUCAGUCUCUUUCAGCAUGGAAUGGUCGUGGACGGAUGUUCUCUGUCACCCAGUCUGGGUGGUCACCACACUGCUGCUGUAUUUAGUAGUGAGGAAGCAGAGGCGAGGGUAUUGGGACCCCCAUGUGUGUCCAGUACGUCUGACUGGAAAGACAGCCAUCGUGACUGGGGCUAACACAGGUAUUGGGAAGUACAUUGCCUUAGAUCUUGCACGCCGAGGUGCUCGGGUUAUCCUGGCCUGCCGCAGCAAGGAAAGGGGGCAAGCUGCCCUUGAGGAGAUUAAGAAGAAAUCAGAUAACAAUAAUAUUCACUUGCGUAUUGUGGACACCAGUCUGAUGACCUCAGUUCGAGAGUUUGCUAAGAAAAUUAAUGAGGAGGAAAAAAGGUUGGACAUCCUGAUCAACAAUGCAGGAGCUUCUGGCUUACCCAAGAGAAUAACCUCAGAAGGACUGGAGGUCAGCUUUGCCACAAACCACGUUGGAGCUUAUCUCCUAACAAACCUCCUUCUAGACCUCAUUAAACGCUCAGCCCCUGCCCGGAUUGUUAAUGUGUCUUCAGUCAAUCACAAACGAGGUGUGGUGGACUUUUCACACUAUCGUGGGGACAAUCUCAGCUAUGUUUUGGAUGAUGUCUACAACCACACCAAGCUUCACAACAUCCUCUUUACCAAUGAAUUAGCCAGAAGAAUACAGGGAACAGGGGUUACUGCAAACUCUGUGCAUCCCGGCUUUGUGAAGACUGAAGUAAUGCGGUACUACAGUUUGUUGACUCAAAUGAUUGUCAGUUUUGUGGCCUUCUUUUUUUUCAAGAGCUCCGAGGAGGGAGCUGUGAGCACCAUUUAUUGUGCAGUGUCUGAAGACGUGGACGGUAUAACUGGGAAGUACUUUGACAGUGACUGUUCAUUGACCUUGGCUUCUGCCACAGCACGUGAUGCUGCACUAGCCAAGAAAGACUGGGAAUUCUGUGAGAAACUGACAGGACUCUCAGAGACCAAAGAGAAAUAACGCUAAAUACUCUACCUCUGCUGUCCUUUCAGAUGCAUCAAAAUCUGCAAGCAUCACAGAUCCACGUGCAUAUGUUAAGGAACUGUUCAUCAGUGCUUUGCUGCAAAAGAGCAGUUGUAGAUGACCCCCUUCCUCUCCUUACAUUUAGAUGACCCUUGUUGGCUACAGUAAACACUCUAGACAACUCAGCCCACAUGAGACAUAGGAGCAAGGAACUGCGGAAAAACUUCAAUGUGUCAAAGAGUAAUAAAUUUGGCCAUUAUACUGAUAGAAAAUAAUUGAUUCUUUUAUAGAGAAUACAUUUCAACAUGGUCUAACUGCAAAUAAACCUUUCAUAGUAAAGCUUUCCUCCAUCUUCCCAAAAGAUACACUUUCUCUAAAUGUUCAACCUGAAAAUUAUUUUUUGUUCAGUCAUUUUUACUUGUUGAACAAUAUUUUUUAAUAAACAGUCCUCCUUCCAAA